CCUGCUGCCGCCGGUGCUCCGUCGCCGUCGCGCAGCCAUGGAAUUCAAACGCUGACGUCAUCAACCCGCUCCAAGGAAUCGCGAGCCCAGCGUCAGUUGGCGGGAAACCCAGCGCGCGUGCGCCCUGGCAGGAAGACGACUGUGAGGGACAGGCGAAACACGACCUGCAAUAUUUGCAUGUCGCUGUGUCUUCUGGGAAGUCACCAUAAUCGUGAAAUGUCUUAGGGUAUGGGAGUCUUAUAAGUUGUCUGUGGGACUACUUUUCCUCAUAGGGCGGAGGGAAGCUCAUCAGUGGGGCCACGAGCUGAGUGCGUCCUGUCACUCAAUUUCUAUGUCCCUUGGGAAGGUCUGAGACUAGGGCCAAAUGCGGCCCUAACAGGGCUCUCCCUGAGCUUCGGGGAGGUGAGUUCCCAGAGAACGGGUCUCCGCGCGAGGGUCAGAAUGGGCAGGAGAUGCCGCGGACCCCGCCUUUCGGGGUGGGACCCGGCGGAUGCCUCCUUUGCCGGAGCUUGGAACAGACUCACGGCCAGCGAAGCGAGUUCAAUGGCUGAGGUGAGGUACCCUGAACGGGGGCCUCAUAACCCAAUUCAGACUACUCUCCCCCGCCCUCUUUUGAAGAAAAACCGAGUGGCAGCGGUAAAGCGAGAGGUUGAAGAUGAAAUCCACUGAGGAUGAAAGGCCUGGGUCUUCAGCACCCUGUGUGCCAGUCCAGAACUUGUCCAUCUACAGACCCCCUGAAAAUCAAUUGGGCUUGGAUUUGGACAUUCUCAAUAGAAAGGGUUAAAUGCUGAUGGGACCUAAAGCCUGAGAUGAUCUUAGGUAAUUGAUAGAUCCCGUGGUUCAACUUGGUUUCUAGAUAGAAGCUGGAUUCAUGUGAUGCCAGAUAAGUAAAAGUUCAAGAGACCAAAACCAGAUCUGAGUCUCCCUGUUCCAUUCUGGACCUCUUUGGUGCUGUAAAUCCUGGAUAUACAGUAGACGAUUACUGUGUUUUAUGAUGGAGUGUUGCUCUAGUUACCCAGGCUGAAGUGCAAUGGUGUGAUCUUGGCUCACUGCAACCUCUGCCUCCCGGGUUCAAGUGAUUCUCCUGCCUCAGCCUCCCGAGUAGCUGGGAUUACAGACAGGCAUCUGCCACCACGUCCAGCUAAUUUUUGUAUUUUAGUAGAGACGGGGUUUCACCAUGUUGGCCACGCUGGUGUCGAACUCCUGACCUCAGGUGAUCACCCGCCUCAGCCUCCCAAAGUGCUGGAAUUACAAGCGUGAGUCACUGCGCCACGCCCACUAUCGUUUAAAGUUCUGCAAUGCAUGUUCAUAAUGCAGACUUAAGGAAAAUUAUGAUUUCCUUAAAUGUGUAUGGAGGAUGUGUGAGAGCUGGAAAGAUGUCUGUUCCAAGUUGAUUAAAAAUAAAAUGGUGGACUACGUCAACAUGGAGGUGCCAGCUGUCCAGUUAGAGCUGUCACACCGUUUCUGGGAACUUGUGAUUUUUAGGAAGCCCCAGCUGUCCUCAGCGACUCCCCACAGCCUGGCAGGUCCCAGGAUGCUUUGGGGCAACCCCGCGCCUGCGUGCUCUGGCGUAGUUCCCUGACGCCCUCCCGCGCAGAGAAUCCUGGAAUCUUCGCUUGUGGAGCUGUGGAGGACUCUCUUCAGCUUCUGGAGACCUCACUAUCCUAUUAUGUCUUUGUGUGAAGACAUGCUGCUUUGUAAUUAUCGAAAGUGUCGCAUCAAACUCUCUGGCUAUGCAUGGGUCACUGCCUGUUCUCACAUCUUCUGUGAUCAGCAUGGUAGUGGUGAGUUUAGUCGCUCACCAGCUAUCUGUCCUGCCUGCAACAGUACCCUUUCUGGAAAGCUAGACAUUGUCCGCACAGAACUCAGUCCGUCAGAGGAAUAUAAAGCUAUGGUGUUGGCAGGACUGCGACCAGAGAUCGUGCUGGACAUUAGCUCCCGAGCACUGGCCUUCUGGACAUACCAGGUACAUCAAGAACGUCUCUAUCAAGAAUACAAUUUCAGCAAGGCUGAGGGCCAUCUGAAACAGAUGGAGAAAAUAUAUACUCAGCAAAUACAAAGCAAGGAUGUAGAAUUGACCUCUAUGAAAGGGGAGGUCACCUCCAUGAAGAAAGUGCUAGAAGAAUACAAAAAAAAGUUCAGUGACAUCUCUGAGAAACUUAUGGAGCGCAAUCGUCAGUAUCAAAAGCUCCAAGGCCUCUAUGAUAGCCUUAGGCUACGAAACAUCGCUGUUGCUAACCAUGAAGGCACCCUUGAACCACCCAUGAUUGCACAGUCUGGUGUUUUUGGCUUUCCGUUAGGUAACAACUCCAAGUUUCCUUUGGAUAGUUCACCUGUUCGAAAUCGGGGAGAUGGAGAUGGAGAUUUUCAGUUCAGACCAUUUUUUGUAGGUUCUCCCACAGCACCUGAACCCAGCAACAGCUUUUUUAGUUUUGCCUCUCCAAGUCGUGAAUUAGAGCACCAGCAAGUUUCUAGCAGGGCCUUCAAAGUAAAAAGAAUUUGAGCCAUUUAUGGUUUCACGCACCUGUGAUCCCAGCUACUUAGGGGGUUGAGGCUGGGAGGAUCACGUGAGCCCAGGGGUCUGAGGCUAUAGUGAUCUAAGAUCAUGCCACUGCACUCCAGCUUAAGCAAUAGAAUGAGACCCUGUUUCUAAAAAAAAAAAGUUAAAGGUAAUUUAGCCAACUUUA